UCGAAAUUGACAUCAGUCACUGUGUAUUUUUCAGCUUGAAUAUUAGAUUUAUUACCUACCUCAAAGUCAAGAUGAUUCCUCUUUCCAGAAUUCUUCGCAUGAAUGAAACCGUUAUAAUAACAAGACAAGUGCAGAGGGCGCUCUCGUCCCAGACGGAUGGAGAAGUACGAAUCGCGCAGAUAUUAAGAGAAAAGUUUCCGCAAGCUGCGUCUUUGAAAGUAGUGGACAUUUCAGGUGGCUGUGGAGCAAUGUAUGAAAUACAUAUAGAAUCAGACGAAUUUAAGGGGAAAAGAACAGUGCAGCAACAUCAGUUAGUUAACCAGGCCCUCAAAGAUGAGAUCCAAGCAAUGCAUGGUCUGCGCAUAUUUACAGAUGUUCCCAGAGAGUAGGAGCAAGAACUCUUGAGACAGUUAUGUAAUUCCCUGCUUUGACUAAUACAAAAGAACUUCAUACUGAUUAGUUAUAACCACAAUGCAGUGCAACCCUCUCCUCACAGGCAGAUGCUUUAACAUUCACUACAUGCAUAUUUUCAAAGUAUUGUUAGUUCACAGCUGGGCAUUAAUUGACAAUGGACAGCUCAUGACUAGCUCAUGAAUGCAAAGUAAAUGUAGGUGUGCUUAUAGUUUUAAAACCUCCAGUAUAUUUGUCUCUACUAAUUUUCAAUUUAAAUGUGGCAAAAUUAGAUUAUUUAUUUUGUCAUGCUGCUCAAAUUCAUAUCGUAAGUGAUGUCUUCUAAGGGGGGUUUCAGUGACCUCAAACACUAUGAAACGCACAAUGUGACAGGGUCACAAACCAAUUUAGCCUUUUGCUGGUGCAAUUUCAAUAAAUGAAUAGCCAUGAAA